AUAGCGCCUCUCCGGAUGGACUGGGCGAUAGCGAUAGCGCUAGGGGAUGUGGAUCAACAUCAACCCAUUGGCAGUUUGACCGCAGCCACAAUGCCAAAUGGCCAGAAGGAACGGAAGAAAGAGAACCUGCUGCUGGGGUUGCUCGGGCUGCUCGCCUUCCUGGUCCUCUGCUUGGAUUCAGUGGACGGGAUUCGCUGCAAGGUGCCGUACGAGAAGGUGCAGGAGAAGUACUGCUACUUCAUAGCCGACGAAGAGCCGCUGCACACCUCCUUCCACAACUACUGCUACCAGGACAAGAGGACCUCGCGCGUCUGCCUAGACAGCGACGAGGAGAUGCGUAUCCUGGCGCGGCACCUCUACGAGAUCGGCUUCCAGAACGGCACCCAGUUCUGGAGCGCCGGCCACCGCUGGCCCGGCGACAUGCGCUUUUACUGGAACUAUUUCGGCCGCGCCCGGGCUCUUAACUACUCGAACUGGGCCCCGGACGAACCCACUCCCCACAUGGGCCGCAACUGUCUGAUUCUCACUCUGCGUGCCGGGGAGCUGCUCAUGAGCAGCGAAUCGUGCUACACCCGAGCAGUCGAUAUUUGCGAGCAGACCCUAACCAGCGAAAGCGAGUUGCGAACUGUUAUUCACUGAUUCACUGAUGCUCGUAGACUCGCAGUCUCCUCAGUCGAUCAGUCUUUGGCAAUACCCUUUGCGUCCUCUUAUAAAAAGUCUAAGUCUUUAGAAGGAUUAGGAUUGAGGCAUAAAUUAAUGCAAAAUAUUAAAGACAUGUUUGAAUAACUUCGACUACGAGUCUCACUGUUACAUACGUACUCUCUACAAAAUCGAAUAUAGCCCCUGUAUUUUAUUCUGAAUUUUAAAACGCAGUCAUAAAUGGAAUAAACAAAAAGCCGACUCAUACGAGCGUUAUCUUACAAUUUUAUAAGUCACAAAAGCGAUAAUAAUAUCAGCAAUUUCUGAAUAAGUCGACAGAGUGUUCUUUAUUUUAUAUAUGAAUACUGUGAAUACUGCACUCAGUCACUCAUACGCUAUGGCAUCGGAAUGACAUGCUGAGAAAAUGACAAAAACGAGAAAAUUUUCAAUUUUAUGCGUUUUUCUGUGGACGGCUUGUCAGAGCGAGGCUACAUUCGAUCGGGUCGGGAAAGGAUACUAUUAUAUCGGCAAUGAAGACAGCGCGUUACGAAACUGUGACUGGUUUCUUUCGAGAAGAGACUGCUGGAAUCACAAGAGCCAGCUGGUGUCCGUGGAAACGAUGGAAGAGUUAAAGGCCCUCGAGGACUACGUUCGCUCCAAGGAAUUCGCCGAUGGCAGCACCUUUGCCACGUCAGGCCACAGCUUCGACAGUGAAAUGCCCUACUCCUGGGAGGGAGUAAAACAACCGCUGACCUUCACCCGCUGGCUGCCCGGCACGGAGCAGCCGCUGUCAAAAAGCUACCUCAGUCUGGUGCUCUCCAACUCGACGUUAUAUAUGCGGCGAUCCUUCGGAUACGAUAACUACUAUAUCUGCGAGUAUCAGCCAGCGCUCAUGCGGCUUUGGCUAUCCCUGAGCACACUGAACUUGAUAGCACUAGUAUGUUUAAUACUCCUUUCGAUUCGCCUCUUGAUAUUUCUUUAUAGGGGAAAAACAAAAGCGAACACGAAAGUGCCUGACAAGGAACAGCUUAUAGUAUGACUUUUAGUUGUUUAGUUUUAGUUUCAAUAAAUAUUCAUAUGUAA